AUGGCGCAAACCGCGCGGCCACCGGAGACAACAACUAUGGCCAGUACGAAUGAAGAGCCGAAGCAACCGCCUCCGGAAACGCCGCAGAGCCUCUGGCUGCGGCGCGCAGUGAUAGCAUCCUUCUGGGCUGUCGUGGCCUUCCUGGGUCUCCCAGUAUGGUGGAGGACAACAGCCAUUUAUCGUGCCGAGCUGCCGCUACAGGACAUGAUGUCCUGGGCUAAUGCACAGGUUGGAACACCUGUCAAGGCUGCAUUUACUCCAUUGACCAGUACACAGGAAUGCAAGCUCGUCUUUCCCCUCCACAUCGCUGUAGAAGCCCCGCUGCCUUCCCACGACGUUCAUCAUCUGCUCGAAGCCACGCAGAACGCCCUCAACGACUUGAACAGCUUCCCCGCCCACCAACUGCGCCUCGCCUUCGCCGAACCGCCGCCGCCUGCCAAUGCCUCGCAACAGGUCAUCGUUGACGGCACCGGUCCGGCAAAGGAGGACGACACAGCUGCUCUAUCCGUCCGCUUGAUACCUGUGGAAACGGGAGCCACACCCCGUUCGCGAUUGCAACCAUACUCGACAAAUCUCGAUGUAUAUUUCUCGCCUAACCAAAUACCCUUACAGUCCUCGACCAGCUCGCCGCUCGCAACCUAUAUUGCUGGAGAGUUGCAUCAAUUGUAUGCACAGGAACAGGCGCAGUUGGCCAACCUGAUCUCUGAUGCAUCCUAUCGAAGCAGAUCCGCGUCUCCAGAUGUAGCAGCCCAGCUUCAGCGUCAAUCAGCACGCGCGUUCAAAUAUGCACCCACCUACCAUCUCACCUUUUCCUUGUUCACGCCUACAUCGACUCCAUCAGCCUGGGAUAUCGACGCCGCUUUGCGUCAGUAUAUGAGACCCAUUCUCGAAUCUUUCUCCGGGAUCAGCAAUUUCACCAUUGAUACCCAGGUCCAACUCUACGCCGGUUUCUCGCCUUCAAUCCGGCAACCAGAGUACGAUGACAACGCCAAAGCGUGGACCAUUUACAAAGAAGACGUCAGUGGCUUCAUCAACGCCGCCGAGUGGCCUCUGAGCCCCAGCAUCGGUCAAGGUCCGACGAUCAACUUCGCUCUCUAUGUUCCAGACGAAGGCCAAGCCCCGCUGCUCGUCCAGGGAAGCAGGGAUAACAGCUGGCUGAUCCCUCAGUGGGGCGGUGUCAUGAUCUUGAAUCCUCAAUCACGCGACCCCACCUUGACCAAAGAAGCGCUCGUGCCUGCCAUGCAAGUUUUCUCGACACAAUUGACCUCCCUUCUCGGCUUGCCGCAGACACCGGCCUCAUUGCCUCUACGCAUCUCAACGUUGAUACGUGUCCACGCCGCUUCGCUCAUAUUCUCAAGUUCGUCUACACUUGGCGCUCUUGCGCAGGUGUAUCAGAAGAUGCCUACCAUUCCAGUCCCGGACUCUGUCGCCAAAUCCGUCGAUCUGUCUUUAGCGCACCUUAAUCAAGCUUGUGAGAGCUUGCGCGAGGGCCGUUUCCAAGACGCCUUGGAGAACGCGAGAACUGCAAAUGGGGAAGCUGAAAAAGCAUUCUUUGAGCGGUCCAUGGUGGGCCAAGUCUACUUCCCAGACGAGCACAAAGUUGCGGUCUACCUACCUCUACUUGGUCCAGUGGCUGUUCCUCUGGUUAUGGCUGCGCUUAAGGAGGUAAAAGCCGGCAUUGCUGCCCUGAAGGGACGGUGA